AUGUCGUCGUACCUCAACAACCUCCUCACCAACACAACGUCCAAGUACAAUAGCCUGCGCCAGCAGCUCCUCUCGGACGAAGCCGACGGCAACACCGAGGACGACUCGCACAUCUCGCGCGUGCUGCGCGCAUACUACACGGAAAAGGGCAGGCCGUUCCCACCAUGGCUGCCCGCCGACCCCAAGGCCCCGCAAGCUGCGCCCGCCCAAUUCGCAUCGUCGGCCGGGCGAGGACAAGCGCCGCCGCUGGGUCGCGGUAGCACAGGCGGAGGGUUGAGUGACCUGUGGGACACGCCGCAGCAGCCGCCACAGCCACAAGAGCCACUCUCGCUGCGUCGGGCAGGAGGGCGUGGAGGGGCAACACGCCCGCUGCAAACCCGCAUGGCCGAGUCGUACGCGCCAGAACCACAGAGUCAGGGCAGGCCGCUCCCAAGCCAACGCGCAGGAAGCUACCAGAGCACGGGUUCGGGCGGAGGCGCUGCAGAUCCUUCGCCACCUCCAAGCGCAGGCGGCGGCACGACAGCACAAGAGAGGCUCAAGGCCCGGCUUUGGGGGUCGGGGAGGUCCAACAGCUCGACGGGGGGCGCGCAAUCGCCAGGGCCCGCCAGCCCGAGUCAGUCCGGCAUGCGUACCCCGUUCGAACGCGCCCCUCCCUCGAGUGGACGGGCGCCUUACCCCGACGGCGGGGGCAGCAGCUAUUCGGGCGGAGGGAGGCCACCGAACCAGCAACAGAGCUCAUACAGCAUGCCAGACCCGUAUGCACCUGGAGGGGGAGGCGGGGGCUAUGGUGGUGCACCACAACGCGCUCCGCCGGGAGGAGGUCGCGUUGGCCUGCCGAGUGGACCGCGCAUGCGUUCGAACUGA